AAAUUAGUUAAAUUUCAAAGUUAGGUUUAUCCCAGAAAUUACAGCAGCAAUAUAAACACAACAACGGUGUGAAAAGGAAGAAAAAGAAAAUCAAAUCAUGUCUCAUCAUUCCCAAUCGAUAUUAAAACCCAAGUAGUUUCAUGGAAAGCCAUAAACAGUUACUCUGAUUUUAAGCUGACAGCCCAGUUGCCACCACCGCAAAGACCCUCUUUCUGUCUUCCAAAAACUCCAAUCCCCGAAUCCUCUCAAGUCAUUUUGUUGUUAGAUGUUUUCGUUGAUUUCAAAGAUUAUUUAUCCACUAGCUAGGGACUUAAGGAUUUUCUUAUAAGUUUUAUCCCCUGUUUCCCCUGUUUCCCCUGUUUCCUCUGUUUUGCAACUUCUGUCCCGCUUUCAUUUGGACCAAAUAUGAAUCUUAAAGAUCCACUCAUUGUAACUCUGGUGUUGUUUCUUCUAGUAAUCUCAACUCAGGCGGCCAAAUGCGACCGAUCCUGCGGUGGCAAGCAGUGGCAAUACCCUUUUGGAUUCUCGGCCGGCUGCAAAAUCCCUUUAAACUGCUCAAACAGCAGUAUCAUGAUCAACAACCAUCGGGUCAUCGACGUUGAUUCUGAGAGUAUAAGGAUUAGUAUUCAACCCAAAUGCAACCGAUCCCUCCAAGCCUUUCACGCUCUCUACGGCAAAAACUACGCACCAUCGUCUCGGAAUGCGAUAUUUUUAGACAUCUGCGGUGACUGGUCAGCACAGUGCACCAUUCCGAAUGGCUUGGUGCAAACUCGAUUUGAGACAGGGAAUUGCAGCUCCAACAGCAGUAUUAACAUCAGUUGUUAUAUGGAGAAUAGGCCUGAUACUGAUGGCUUUGUUAAUUACAACAAACUGAGUCGCUGCCGGUAUUUUCUGACGUCUCUAUCAACAGAGUUGUCUAAUGAUUCAGGGAUGGCGUUGGAUGUUCGAAAUUUAGAGCUUGGAUGGUGGGUUGAAGGGGAUAAGUGUCAGUGUUCUGGAAAUGCUUAUUGUAAAAAGAUUUCCACGCCGAAUGGACAGCCGGGUUUCCGUUGCAAGUGCAAAGAGGAGUUCGUUGGUGACGGGUAUCACGCCGGUAGUGGCUGCCGUAAAGGACCUGCCAGAGGAUUUAUGACAAAAGUUGCAGCAGCCGCAAUUGUUGCUGGAAUUGCAGGGUUGAUUCUUCUCAUCUUCUGCUUCCGAAAAAUAUUCUCACCUGAGAACAGAAUGUUUUCCAUAUUGAUGAAGAAGGAAGAUUGUAAAGAUAUUGAAGCUUUCCUAAGAGGCAAUGGGCAUCUGGCUCUAAAAAGGUAUAGUUUUAAAGAUGUUAAGAAAAUGACAAACAAUUACAGUGAUAAAUUGGGUGAAGGAGGCUUUGGGGCUGUUUACAAAGGGAAGCUAUCUGAUGGGUGUCAGGUUGCAGUGAAGGUCUUGGACAAUGCAAAGGACAAUGGUGAAGCAUUUAUCAAUGAGGUUGCAAGCAUUAGCAGGACUUCCCAUGUUAACAUAGUCACUCUUUUGGGAUUCUGCUUUGAGGGUCGUAAAAGAGCUUUGAUCUAUGAGUUUGUGCCAAAUGGAUCUUUAGAGAAGUUCAUUCAUCAAGAAAAUCCUUUGGACCAAAAUCAUCAACUGAAGUGGGAAACACUAUAUCAUAUUACGGUUGGCAUAGCUAGAGGAUUAGAGUACCUCCACCGAGGAUGUAACACACGCAUUUUGCAUUUUGAUAUCAAGCCUCAUAACAUUCUCUUGGAUGGUGACUUCUGCCCCAAGAUAUCAGAUUUUGGACUAGCCAAAUUGUGCCCUAGAAAAGAGAGUAUGGUUUCGAUGACAAAUGCAAGGGGAACAAUAGGAUAUAUUGCUCCAGAGGUGUUUUUUAGAAGUAUUGGUAGGGUGUCCCAUAAGUCUGAUGUCUAUAGUUAUGGCAUGAUGGUCUUAGAGAUGGUUGGGGAGAGGGAAAAUAUAAAAAAUGUUGAAUCAGAUGAUAGCAGUGAAUAUUUUCCACGGUGGAUUUACAGGCGUCUUGAAUUGAAUGAACAACUUGGAAUUUGGAGCAUAAGGAAUGACGAUGAUAUAGAAAGAGCAAGGAAGAUGACAAUAGUAGGCUUGUGGUGUAUACAGACUAACCCCUCAGACAGGCCACCAAUGUGCAGAGUGCUAGAGAUGUUGCAAGGGAACCUUGAUUCCUUAGAAAUUCCACCCAAGCCUUUCUUUUCUUCUCCUCCGAGAUUACCUCCAGAGGUUGAUGUGUUUGAUUCCGGGUUUGAAUCCUUCCCCCAUGCUCAAAAUCUUCAUGUUCUCUGCAUCUCUCUGCUAGCCUGGAAUGCUCUCAGUUCCUCAGUCCCACUCCUGUCGUUUCUAUUCCUUUGCUGUAGUGUGGGGUCAACAGAGAAAGGGGCAUCUGAUGAUCAAGUUUCCCGGUUACAUAGCUGGAAAUACAAAGCUGCAGCCAAUACCGAUGUAGAGCUUGGCAAUGAUGUAGACAGCAAUCUAGGCUGUGAAAGUGAAGAUCCGGCCGUAAGUGAUCGUCUAUAAGCCUUGGUAGCAGAUUCCAGAAUGUUAAAGCAAGAGUCUGCCUCGUCAAGUAUAGAGACAAAGAAGAGGUUAGGCAGCUGCCAUGUUCCCAUAUAGCUCCCCUUAAUUGUGUGGAUCAGUGGCUCAGAAUCAUCUCUUUCUGACCUCUGUGUAAACAAGAACUGGAGAGGUAGAAAGCAAGAGGAUAAACAGCUGAAUCAAAA